AUGGCGACCAUGGUUCCCGGUCGGAAGCCGCGACAAAAGGAGAGCAAAGAAAGCAAAGGGAUCCCAGCGCUUACCAAGAACGAGGUUAUCCAAAUAACCGCUGCGGAAGCUGAGCUCUCGCCGUUCCAGGAUGAGAAGCUGGAGAUCUACUGCAGAGAGCAUGAUGACAUCGCUGCUUCCUUCGCAGCAGCACGCGAGGGCCGCGGCGUGCUAGCAAAGUUGUAUGACCAGCGGAACAAAGAGAUCUUGGACCGCUUGGUGGCCAUGCGGGCGAAGUCGGACAGAGAAGCGAAGCUGAAUCUCGACCAGCUCAAGGACUUUUGCAAGGAGUUCGUGGACACCGUGGCUGAGCGCAAAAGAGCAUGGAAGCAGAAUUUUGCUGAUGACAAAAGCGAGCUCACGACGCGAUCUACCAAAAUGGGUGAAACCAUCACGACCUUGGAUGCGGCCAUAGUGCAAGAACAUGAGGAUUGCCUUGCUCACGCGGCCGCUGAGACAGAACCUUUGCUGGCCGCUUUGAGCAAGUGCAGGGCUCGGCCUCUUGUUAGCGCUGAAGGCUGA